AGUUACUUCCCUUUUCAAGUCCCACUCAUCCUUAUCUCCAUUUACAAUUCACUCUGUAAAAGGUUGUAAACUUUGAACCGUAGUGACAUUAACAAGCGUAUUUUGUUACGCAAGCAUCAUUUUGCAAUCCGCCUCAUCCUGGAUAUUUUAAAACUGUCAACAACAGUUAUAUUCAAGAUGACAGAAGAACAAAUGAACAGAGUACUGAAUACAAAACAUCAUCAUGACAGUAGCAAAAAGUCUGCUAUUGAGCUGUCGAAGCAAAUGCAGAAAAUUAUGCUCAAGCUAAAAGGGGAGUUUAUACAGGAGGAUGGCAAGGGAGUUAACUAUGCAGGCAUGAAGGACAGCGCUCUUUUUCAGGACUAUAUUGACAACGUUGCCCCCCAGCUACAGCAUGUCGACCUUGACAACAUCACUGAAUAUGAGAAGAAGGCGUUUUUCAUCAACAUCUACAAUGCUCUGACAAUACAUGGUCUGGCAUCCCUGGCAGAGCUACCCCAGUCCGUGUUGAAGGUGAAGCAUUUCUGGGCCACAACUUGCUACAACAUUGGUGGCCUUGUCUACAGCCUGGAUGAUGUGGAGCAUGGCAUCCUCAGAGGAAACCGAGGUCACCCUAGCACAAUUGAACCUACAUUCAAGACGGAUGAUCCAAGAUUGAAGUUUAUUGUGAACGAACUGGAUCCUAGAAUACAUUUUGCUUUAGUCUGUGGUGCCAAGUCCUGUCCUGCCAUCAAUGUGUAUUCUGCUGAGAACCUAGAUCAGGCCCUGGAUGCAGCCACGAGGAGUUUCUGUGCACAGGAAGUAUCAAUGUUCACAGAAACCAACGAGAUCUGGCUCUCAAAAAUAUUCCAGUGGUACUCGCAAGACUUUGGACGCACAGACAUUGAUGUGAUGAAAUGGACAGUGCCGUACCUGGAGAAGUCUGUCCAGGACCGCGCACACCUGCUGCUGACCAAGCUGGAAAAGGUGUCCCCCGUGGACGUCAAGUACAAUGAGUAUGACUGGAGCCUCAACUGUCCCCGGCCCACCUUAAACUCUGCAGGGAUACACCCCAACGACCUCAUGGAAAGGGAAAACAACAGGAGCUGAGCCAAGAUCUGAUGUAAAUUACCGUAUUGUGUACAUCACCUGAAAGGCGGAGAACGGCGUAGAAACAAAUGCAAUAAUAAUGAUUUGGUCUUUAUAACCAUUUAAUCAUAAUCACAAAGGUGGAGGCAUUAAACAGUGAAUUUAACCAUUUGUACAUACAUGUAUAGGUCUUGACGCUUUUGUUUUCAACUGCUCUUUAAUUUAAUUUAUGGAUGGAUAUCUCCCAAACCUUCACUGUUUAAUAACUGUGAUGAGCAGAUGUUUGUAAAGAAAGGAAUUAGUGCUGCAAGGAUUUGGGCAUAUUAUGGCUCUGUGUGUUUAUUUUCCACUAUAAAAUAUGUAUUUCCUGAAGCUUGUGGUUUCAAGUUUAAUUAGUAAGCGGAAUUCCACCCAACUUUCACAGUUGAAUUACUUUAACCCUUUCAGUGCGGGAACCGAAUUUUAAAGGCCUUUGCAAACAGUUUGGAUCCAGAUGAGACGCCACAGAACGUGGCGUCUCAUCUGGAUCCAAACUGUUUGCUAUUCUGAUAGUAUUCUUUGAAAAAAAAAUGAAGAAAAUGCUUAUUUUACAAAUUCAGCAGACGACAUUUUAGCAGACGACAAAUUUCCCAGCAUGCAAAGGGUUAAUGUUUUAUGAUUGUAAAGCAAGGAAUUUAGUUUGCAACUUGUUUUGGCAGAGAUAGGGCCCUUUGUCUGUUUUUUUUAACAUAAAUUAAUUAUUUAACUUAAAUAACUUAAGAUUAUUUAUUUUUACAAUUGUGGAUCAACUCUUGAUUUACUACUGGGGGAAGGACCAUAAUGAGUAUAAUGAUAGCAGAAAGUACAAAUUCUUUCAAUGUUUGAGUUGUCUCUUUUUGAGGUGGAAUAAAGCAGACAAUGCUGACAAUGAGUCUGCAAUUUUUCCUGCAAGUGCUUUAUUCAGGUUUGUUGGUCCGAAAGUAAAUAUGCAAACUGGUUCAUUGCAUGAACCAUUAUAGAUGAACGGUGGAUUUACCUGUUUCCAUUAUCAUGUGCAUCUUAAGUCUAACAAUGAUGUUUUAAACAUGAUCAGAAAUUAUAACAUGUACAUUUGCAUAUCACACGAAACAUGAAUGUCAUGUUUUGAGUGUGAAUGUUACUUCAGAAUAUGUGAGUUUAGCAUGUCAUACAGUCUUAUAAUGUUAAGUUUAUUAUUUGUUAGGAAGAAAUGUUGUUUGAAGCAUAUGCUAUUAUGUUGCAUACAUAAUUGAUAAGCAGUGUUUAUGCCAAUAUUUGUUUUAAAUAUUCCAAAUAAUAUCUGUGACGUGUUGACUGUUCACUGAAGAGAGUAUAAUAUGAAGUCUUAUGAGCUUGAGCCAAGCUUGCACUGAAUGUCCGGCUUAAGGUUGAGCUAUUGUGGUCAGUGGGCUCAAGGUUGAGCUAUUGUGGUCAGUGGGCUCAAGGUUGAGCUAUUGUGGUCAGUGGGCUCAAGGUUGAGCUAUUGUGGUCAGUGGGCUCAAGGUUGAGCUAUUGUGGUCAGUGGGCUCAAGGUUGAGCUAUUGUGGUCAGUGGGCUCAAGGUUGAGCUUUUGUGGUCAGUGGGCUCAAGGUUGAACUAUUGUGGUCAGUGGGCUCAAGGUUGAGCUAUUGUGGUCAGUGGGCUCAAGGUUGAACUAUUGUGUUCAGUUGGCUCAAGGUAAAGCUAUUGUGGUCAGUGGGCUCAAGGUUGAGCUAUUGUGGUCAGUGGGCUGAAGGUUGAACUAUUGUGGUCAGUGGACUGAAGGUUGAAAUAUUGUGGUCACUAGGCUCAAGGUUGAGCUAUUGUGGUCAGUGGGCUCAAGGUUGAGCUAUUGUGGUCAGUGGGCUCAAGGUUGAACUAUUGUGGUCAGUUGGCUCAAGGUUAAGCUAUUCAGUUGGCUCAAGGUUGAGCUAUUGUGUUCAGUUGGCUUCAGGUUGAGCUAUUGUGGUCAGUGGGCUCAAUGUUGAACUAUUGUGGUCUGUUGGCUCAAGGUUGAGCUAUUGUGGUCAGUGGGCUCAAGGUUGAGCUAUUGUGGUCAGUGGGCUCAAGGUUGAGCUAUUGUGGUCAGCCUAAGUCUGUUGUGAAGCAUGAAUCCUUAAAAAUGCUACUGAUGCGUCCUUUAGUCUGGAAAAUUAGGGUAAUUUUCAAAAACCUCUUUUUCUGUUGUUUUUUUUUACCAAACUUAUUUUAUUUGUGGAGAAUCUAAAAAGAAACCACAGACUGCAUUUCAAAAUAAUUUAACAGAGAUAUUCCUUUGGAUGACCCUCUUCUAAAGUCCUAUACAUGAUUCGUUUCAAGUCAUAUUUGUGCCCAAAGGGGGUGGGAAAUUUAUCCUUAUAUGGCUAUAGUAAAACCUUGUUAGAGCUGUAAACAUUUUUUGUUCAUUCUUUAUGAAAGUUGGUCAAAUUAUCGGUUCUUAUGACAUCAUGGGCUACACAGAUGGGUACACAGAACAGGUAAGUUCCUUUGUAUCUCAUGUGAGCGAAGUGGGGCCUUUCAGGCGCUUUUGUUACCAAUUUAUUAUUAACCAGGUUUUCUAAAGGAAAAAACUGGUUAUUAGAUUGGCGAAUGUCGGCAGGCGGGCGGAACAAGCUUGUCUGGGCCAUACCUUUGUUGUUCAUUGUGAGAUUUAAAAAUCAUUUGGCACAUUUGUUCACCAUCAUUAGAUGGUAUGUCCCGCGAAAGAAUUACGUCGAUAUCUCCAAGGUCAAGGUCACACUUUGAGUUCAAAGGUAAAAAAUGGCCAUAAAUGAGCUUGUCUGGGCCAUAACUGUCAUUCAUUGUGAUAUUUUAAAAUCAUUUGGCCCAUUUCUUCACCAUCAUUGGACUUUGUGUCGUACGAAAGAAUUACAUUGAUAUCUCCAAGGUUAAGGUCGCCACAACUAAAAAUAGAUUGAUUUUGAAACAAGGGCGUAACUAUGAACAAUCAGUAACAAUGCACAUUUUGAGUUGUCUCCCUUUAUCAGACUUUUUUUUAAGCUCACCUGAGCACAACGUGCUCAUGGUGAGCUUUUUGAUCGCCUUCUGUCCGUAGUCCGUUGUACGACGUCAACAUUUACCUUGUACACUCUCUAGAGGCCACAUUUAUCGUCCAAUCUUCAUGAAAUUUGGUCAAUAGAUUGGUUUUAAUGAUAUCUUGGAUGAGUUCGAAAAAUGGUGACGUUUGCUUGAAAAACAUGGCUGCCAAGGGGCAGGGCAUUUUUCCGUAUAUGGCUAUAGCAAAAUCUUGUUAGCACUCUAAAGGCCACAUUUAUUGUCCGAUCCUCAUAAAACUUGGUCAGAAGAUUCAUCCCAAUAAUAUCUUGGACAAGUUAAAAAUAAUGUUGGUUGGUUCAAAAACAUGGCCGCAAGGGGGCGGGGCAUUUUUCCUUAUAUGGCUAUAGUAAAACCUUGUUAACACUCUAGAUGCCACAUUUAUUUUCCGAUCUUCAUGAAACUUGCUCAGAAGAUUUGUCCCACUGAUAUCUUGCAUGAGUUCAGAAUGGUAACCUUUGCUUGAAAAGCAUGGCUGCCAAGGGGAGGGGCAUUUUUCCUUAUAUGGCUAUAUAUGACUAUAGUAAAAUCUUGUUAACACUCUAGAGGCCACAUUUACUGUUCGAUCUUCCUGAAACUUGGUCAGAAGAUUCAUCCCGAAAAUAUCUUGUUAUCUCAGGUGAGCGACUUUGGGCCUUUAGGCCCUCUUGUUCCAAAUUAAAUCAAGAUCGCCUCGAGUAAAAAUAUAUUGAAUUUAACACAAGGGGGGUAACAAUGCACAUUUUGAAUUGUCUCCCUUUAUCAGACUUUUCAAAUUGAAAACCUGGUUUUGUAACAAUUUUGUCCCAUGUUUACUUUAAAUGUAUGGUUUGUAAAUUGAAAUAACAGCUUUUAGAAUGUUUAAAUGUAUAAACAAGUUGAACUGUAACUACUUCACAUCCUGAUGGAUUUGUUUCACUUGUGAAAACAGCAAAAUUGGUACCUCAAAUUUUCUUGCCUAUGCUAGUCUUCCAAUGAAGUGGUUACCUAAAACCUGACUUUUGAUUAAGCUAAUGACAAUUAUUUUAAUCUUUGUCUAUAGCCACUCUCUAUGUCUAACAUGGAUAUUUCAAGCAUGACUGUUUAAAGUCCUGGUAUCAGGGUGCAGAAUCAAAGGGGUUUUCAGGGGUUUACACUCAGGCUGGACAGAAUGUAAUAACGCCGUUAAAAACUUUACUUUUGCAAAUAUCUUAAGUUAUUGAACUACAUUUGCAAAAAUGUUUAGUGCAUAAAAGACAGUUUUUCUUGCAGUUUGUGCCGAUGUCUUAAGGUAUAAGAAUAAUCCUUGAAUACGUCUGCAAUCGACAGUUGACAAAAUUUCACGUUACGUGAAGAAAAGCUGUGUAGUUCAAAAUCGUUUUUUUUAUACAAGAACACAGGCUUAUCAAAUAAAGUAAUUCUUAUGUAUUUCACAUUGCCAUAAGCAGCAUAAAAAUCUGUCUUUUAUGCAUUAAUUGAAAUCCUUAAGAAAAAUUGUUUUAAAAAGUUAUUUGAAAUAAAAAACCACUUACCGUCAUGUUUAAAUCCAAUAAAGUUAAAAAGGGGAACUCCACAAAGUCACAUCAUCCUGCACCCUGGUAUGAUGCCCUCUGCCAUACAAGCUCAUGAACUAAUAUAAAUUAAGUUUAUGACAAAAGACCUGUUGAUGUAUUUAUAAAUUUCCCAAUGUGUUUAUUGUUUAAAAAUUGUUUUGUAAGAUGUUGACAAUCAUGUAGAUUACUGAUGAUAAAAAGAUUAUAUUUUUUCUUGAAAUGAGGUAAACAUUGCUUUCCUUGCUUGCAUACACUAAUGUAAUUGUAUUUGCUUGGUGUGCUACACCAAUGUAUGAUGUAACAUAUAUGAUAAACAGAGAUAUAAAAAAAUACUGAUA